UUGGUUAUAGUAUAAUGGAAGAAGAGGAAGAAUCAAAAGAGACAAAAAUAUCUGAUAAUGAAUUGCAUGGUCAUGAAGUGAAUGAUAGGGGAAUGGAGCGAGCUGUUAAGAGUCCUAAGGAGGAAAAUGUACAUGGAGAUAAUUUAAAAUAUUUAUCAGGGGUGUACUCAACAGAGGGUAAUCUUUACCCAGUUCCUGACAUGCCACAUGAUCAUCUUACUUCUAGCCCUGGCUCAGAGGGGCAUUGUGGUCACACCGACAAUGAGUAUCCUUCAUCAGCUAAUUUUGGUUCGCCUACAUAUUCUUCUGUUAGUUCUCCACAAAAGCCUUGGGAAAGAAAUGCAGGGCAAAAUUCGUCUGCAGAAUUAUUGCAUUUAAUUGAUUCUGCUAUAAUGGGGAAACCUGAAGGUAUGGAGAAACUGAAGAAUAUUGCAAGCGGAGUAGAAAUUUUUGGGAAUGGUGAAGAAAUGGACAGUGUGCCUUUCUUAAUAGUAGAUUCACUUCUUGCAACAAUGGGCGGUGUCGAAAGUUUUGAAGAGGAAGGUGAUAAUCCUCCUAGUGUAAUGCUGAACUCUCGGGCAGCUAUUGUGUCAGGUGAACUGAUUCCCUGGCUUCCUUACGUUGGUGAUUCUGAUGUUGUCAUGUCACCUAGGACACGAAUGGUAAGGGGACUUCUUGCUAUAUUAAGGGCGUGCACCAGAAACAGAGCAAUGUGCUCAAUGGCUGGUCUGUUAGGAGUACUGUUGAGAACAGCGGAAAAAAUUUUCACUGUUGACGUUGGCUUAAAUGGGCAAAUAAGGUGGGAUGGAACUCCUUUGUGCCGCUGCAUACAAUACUUGGCUGGGCAUUCUCUUACUGUUAGUGAUCUUCAUAGAUGGUUUCAAGUCAUUCCAAGAACACUUACCACAAUUUGGGCUUCACGCUUGAUGCUUGCAUUGGAAAAAGCCAUUAGUGAAAAGGAAUCUAAUGGACCAGCUUGCACUUUUGAGUUUGAUGGGGAAAGUUCUGGUUUGCUGGGUCCGGGUGAGGGUCGCUGGCCAUUUAUCCAUGGGUAUGCAUUUGCAACAUGGAUCUACAUUGAAUCAUUUGCUGACGCACUAAAUACAGCAACAGUUGCCGCUGCAAUUGCUGCGGCUGCAUUUGCUAAAUCAGGUAAGUCAUCAGCUAUGUCAGCUGCUGCAGCAGCUAGUGCUCUUGCUGGUGAAGGUACGGUACACAUGCCACGUUUAUUCAGUUUUUUAUCUGCUGAUAAUCAGGGUAUAGAGGCUUACUUUCAUGCUCAAUUUUUGGUUGUUGAAAUUGGUUGUGGAAAGGCAAAGAAAUCUGCUUUACAUUUUACUUAUGCAUUUAGACCACAAUGCUGGUACUUCAUUGGUCUUGAACAUACAAGCAAGAAUGGUAUCCUUGGGAAUGCAGAAAAUGAAAUUAGAUUGUAUGUAGAUGGGUCAUUACACGAAGUUCGUCCUUUUGAGUUCCCCAGGAUUUCCAAACCCCUUGCAUUUUGCUGCAUAGGAACUAACCCUCCUCCUACUAUGGCCGGUUUGCAACGUCGACGCCGUCAGUGCCCGUUGUUUGCGGAGAUGGGGCCUGUUUACAUCUUCAAGGAACCAAUUGGCCCUGAAAGGAUGGCACGCUUGGCUUCUAGAGGAGGGGAUAUAGUACCUUCUUUUGGAAAUGGAGCAGGGCUACCAUGGCUAGCAACAAAUGCCCAUGUGCAGAGCAAGGCAGAGGAAAGUGUUCUUUUGGAUGCAGAAAUUGGAGAUUUCAUUCACCUACUCUAUCAUCCUAGUUUGCUCAGUGGGCGUUUCUGUCCAGAUGCUUCACCUUCUGGUGCUGCAGGAGUGCUUCGGCGCCCAGCCGAGGUUCUAGGGCAAGUCCACGUUGCUACACGAAUUCGACCUGUGGAGGCUUUGUGGGCAUUGGCUUACGGUGGUCCAUUAUCUUUGCUUCCCUUAGCAAUUAGCAAUGUACACGAGGAUACUCUAGAACCACGGAAGGGGAAUGUUUCUGUUUCUGUAGCCACUUCAUCCCUUGCUGGUCCAAUAUUUCGAAUUAUAUCAAUGGCCAUUCAAUAUCCCAGGAACAAUGAGGAGUUGGCUCGUUGCAAAGGACCUGAGAUUCUUUCAAAGAUUUUGAAUCACCUUCUCGAAACCCUGGCUUCACUUUGUGAAGGAACAUAUGAUGGUGUAGGUGAUGAGGAACUUGUUGUUGCAGUUGUCUCACUUUGUCUAUCUCAAAAUAUCAACCAUACUCUCAAAGUGCGUCUCUUCACCACACUGUUGCUGGAUUUAAAGAUUUGGAGUUUAUGUAGUUAUGGCAUACAAAAGAAGCUUCUAUCAUCACUUGCCGACAUGGUUUUCACUGAGUCGGUAGUGAUGCGAGAGGCCAAUGCCAUUCAAAUGCUUCUUGAUGGCUGUAGAAGAAGCUAUUGGACUGUUCCAGAAAAGGAUUCAGUAAAUAACUUUCAUCUAACUGGAUCAACAAGACCGAUUGGUGAGGUCAAUGCUUUGGUUGACGAGCUCUUAGUGGUAAUUGAACUUCUAAUAGUGGCAGCAUCUCCUACAUUAGCAUCAGAUGAUGUUCGAUGUUUACUUGGGUUCAUGAUUGACUGUCGACAACCUGGUCAGAUUGCUAGGGUGCUACAUCUCUUCUACAGGUUGGUUGUGCAGCCUAAUACAGCUAGAGCUCACUCAUUUGCAAAAGCAUUCCUAGCAUGUGGGGGGAUAGAAACUCUUCUUGUUCUUCUCCAAAGGGAAGUUAAAGCUGGAGAAAGUGAUGCUCUUGAAUCGGCACAAAAGAAUCCUGAAUUUAAAAAAAAUGAAAAUGAUGGUAGCAGUGAAAUCACAGAAACAUAUCAGGAUGAUGAAGGUUCUCAAUCUGCUGAUAGUUGCAGUAAUAUUGGUCCCAGUUCUCCUGAUGUGUAUAUUGAAGGGAUGACACGUACCUCAGAAACUCCAUCUGUCAAGAAUUUGGGAGGCAUAAGUCUAUCCAUCAGUGCUGACAGUGCUAGGAAAAAUGUUUAUAAUGCUGAUAAAAGUGAUGGCAUUGUUGUUGGGAUUGUUGGUCUCUUGGGUGCUUUGAUAGUUUCAGGGCAUCUGCGGCAUGGUUCCCGCUCUGGUCUUGAUACAGCAAGCAACUUUUUGGGUGUUGGACUGCAAGAUGGUGGAAGUACAAUGUUUGAAGAUAAGGUUUCUUUUCUUUUUUACGCCUUACAAAAGGCAUUCCAGGCAGCACCGUGUAGGCUGUUGACAAACAAUGUCUAUACAACUUUAUUGACUGCCUCGAUAAAUGCUUCUUCAACAGAGAAUGGGCUGGAUUUCAAUGAUCCUGGCCAUCGCUUUGAGCAUUCACAACUGCUAAUAGCGCUUUUGCAUUCCCUUCCAUUUGCACCUAGGCCUUUGCUGAGCAGAGCACUACAGGAUCUUCUAUUUUUGGCUUGCAGUCAUCCAGAAAAUAAAGAGAUUCUGACAAAUAUGGAGGAAUGGCCUGAAUGGAUUCUCGAGGUCCUAAUAUCAAACUAUGAGUUGGGUCCAGGCAAAUCAUCUGAUUCGACAAGCCUUGGGGACAUAGAGGACAUAAUAUAUAAAUUCCUUGUUAUAAUGCUAGAGCGUUCAAUGCGCCAAAAGGAUGGAUGGAAGGAUAUUGAAGCAACAAUUCAUUGUGCAGAAUGGCUUUCAAUUAUUGGUGGAUCUAGCACUGGAGAGCAGCGAAUUAGGCGUGAAGAGUCAUUACCUACAUUUAAGAGAAGACUCUUUGGUGGCUUGCUGGACUUCGCUUCUAGUGAGUUGCAGAUCCAGACUCAAAUUAUUGCUAUGGCUGCUGCUGGUGUUGCUUCGGAGGGCUUGUCUCCAGAUGCUGCCAAGGCAGAGGCUGAGAACGCUACUCACCUGUCUGUGGCUUUAGUAGAGAAUGUCAUUGUGAUACUAAUGCUUGUUGAGGAUCAUAUACGGUCACAAUGCAAGCAGUCAUCUUCUUCACGUGCUACAGAUGGCUCUCCAUCUCCCCUAUCUCUCUUUUAUCCAGUGCAUUAUAACUUAACAUCAUCAUUCACAAGCUCAGAAUCAACAGAUGUUAGGGGUGAUCGAACAUCAUCAUCUAGCAACUCUGGGGGAGUCUCUCUUGAUGUACUUUCGUCAAUGGCUGAUGCAAAUGGUCAGAUAUCUACUGCAGUUAUUGAAAAGCUUGCCGCAGCAGCUGCAGCUGAUCCGUAUGAGUCUGUUUCUAGUGCUUUUGUAUCAUAUGGUUCUUGUGCCAAGGAUUUAGCAAUUGGGUGGAAAUAUAGAAGCCGUUUAUGGUACGGUGUUGGCCUUUCAUCAAAUACAGCUUCAUUUGGUGGUGGAGGGAGUGGAUGGGAAUUUUGGAAGUCCUUACUGGACAAAGAUGACAAUGGCAAUUGGCUUGAACUUCCAUUGGUGAAGAAGUCUGUAGCAAUGCUGCAAGCAUUGUUGCUAGAUAAGUCUGGGCAAGGUGGUGGUCUUGGUAUAGGUGGAGGGUCAGGUACUGGAAUGGGAGCAAUGACUGCGUUAUACCAGCUUUUAGACAGUGACCAGCCAUUCUUGUGCAUGCUUCGAAUGGUUCUUCUAUCGAUGAGGGAAGAUGAUGAUGGGAUUGACAAUGAUAUGGGUGAAGGAAGGAAACUGCAGUCAGCACUUUUGUGGAGUGUUCUCUCACCUAUUCUAAACAUGCCGAUUUCUGAUGCAAGGAAACAAAGAGUCUUGGUAGCAUGUUGUGUGAUUUAUUCAGAGGUAUACCAUGCUGUUAGCAUAGACCGAAAGCUUCUUCGCAAAAAGUACGUUGAGGCUAUCAUACCACCAUUUAUUGCUGUCCUAAGAAGAUGGCGCCCUCUUUUGGCUGGAAUUCAUGAACUCGCGGCUGCUGAUGGUUUUAACCCUCUUGCGGUGGAUGAUCAUGAACUAGCUGCUUAUGAAGAUUCAGUUGAGGCUUCUCUUGAUAUGAUAUCUCCAGCCUGGGCUGCUGCUUUUGCAUCUCCACCUGCUGCAUUGGCAUUAUCUAUGAUUGCAGCUGGUACUUCAGAUAGCGAAAAUCAUGCUCCUUCAACAAAUCCCCAGCUUAGGCGUGAAACCUCAUUACUGGAAAGGAAACAAGCUAGGCUUCAAACAUUUUCAAACUUUCAAAAACCUUCAACGAUUCCUAACAAAACACCACCCAUACCAAAGAACAAAGCAGGAGCAAAAGAUGCUGCUUUGGCAGCUGCUCGUGAUGUUCAACGUUUUUCAAGAAUCGGUUCUGGAAGAGGUCUUAGUGCCGUUGCGAUGGCUACAUCUACACAGCGAAGGACUGCUAGAGAUAUGGAGCGGGUUCAGAGGUGGAAUAUUACUGAAGCAAUGGGAGUUGCUUGGAUGGAAUGUCUGCAGCCAGUUGAUACAAAGUCGAUAUACGAGAAAGAUUUCAAUGCUCUGUCGUAUAAAUUUAUAGCUGUUCUUGUUGCCAGUUUUGCCCUAGCAAGGAAUAUGCAACGAUCUGAGAUGGACAGGCAUGUCCGUGCAUGUAUAAUAUCUCGGCAUCGUAUCAGCACUGGAAUUCAUGCAUGGCGCAAACUUAUUCGACAAUUAAUCGAGAUGAGAAGUCUUUUUGGGCCUUUCGCAGAUUAUUUGUACAACCCAAUUCGUGUUUUCUGGAAGCUAGAUUUUAUGGAAAGUUCUUCUAGGAUGAGAAGAUGUAUGAGAAGAAACUAUCGAGGGUCUGAUCAUUUAGGUUCUGCCGCCAAUUAUGAGGAUUAUUCAAGGGAGAAUAAUGAUCCGAGCACUCGGGUUUUAUCUGCGGAAGGAAUUACAGUAGAAGGUAUAAAUGAAGACGAAGAACAUAUAGAAACUGAAAAUUUGGAUCUUAUAGUUGAUGAUAUAGGAGAUGAAGUAGAGAAUCAGCCCAAAUUUUCGAAAGGAGCUGAGAAAACUGUACAAAAGUCUUCAGAUUCCAAUGGAAUUCAACCUGAAAGUGACGAGGGUAUUGUUCAGAGUUCUUCAGCCUUUGCACCUGGUUAUGUUCCAAGUGAGCUUGAUGAAAGAAUUGUUAUUGAGUUACCGUCAACAAUGGUCCAGCCACUUCGGGUUGUACAGGGAACCUUCCAAGUUACUAGUAGGAGGAUCAAUUUUAUAGUUGACAAUAAUGAGAUGAGCACCAUGAUGGAUGGUUUGAAAUUUGGUUAUGAGACACGAGACCAAGAAAAGAACCACAGCUGGUUAAUAUCUACCCUUCAUCAAAUUUAUAGUCGAAGAUAUCUUCUUAGGAGAAGUGCACUAGAGAUAUUUAUGGUGGACCGUUCCAACUUCUUCUUUGACUUUGGGAGUAGAGAUGGGCGAAGGAAUGCAUAUCAAGCAAUUGUUCAUGCACGACCUCAGUAUUUAAACAAUAUAUAUUUAGCUACCCAGAGGCCUGGACUACUUUUGAAAAGAACCCAGCUUAUGGAGCGUUGGGCAAGGUGGGAGAUCAGUAAUUUUGAGUAUCUAAUGCAACUCAAUACAUUGGCUGGGCGUAGUUAUAAUGAUAUAACCCAGUAUCCAGUUUUCCCCUGGAUUCUUUCUGAUUACAGUUCAAAGAGCUUGGAUCUUUCUAAUCCUUCUUCUUACCGGGAUCUUUCAAAGCCUAUUGGAGCACUGAACCCAGAUCGUCUUAAAAAAUUUCAAGAGAGAUACUCCAGCUUUGAUGACCCCGUAAUACCCAAAUUCCACUAUGGAUCACACUACUCCAGUGCAGGAACAGUUUUGUAUUAUCUUAUUAGGGUUGAACCAUUCACUACUCUUGCCAUCAAACUUCAAGGUGGAAAAUUUGAUCAUGCAGAUCGAAUGUUUUCUGAUAUUUCUGCUACUUGGAAUGGAGUUCUUGAGGACAUGAGUGAUGUAAAGGAAUUGGUUCCUGAGCUAUUUUACCUCCCUGAGGUCCUCACAAAUGAAAAUUCAAUUGAUUUUGGCACAACACAAUUGGGAGGAAAGCUUGAUACUGUAAAACUUCCUGCUUGGGCUGAGAACCCAGUUGAUUUUGUGCACAAGCAUAGGAUGGCUCUGGAGAGUGAAUAUGUAUCUUCUCAUUUGCAUGAGUGGAUUGAUCUCAUAUUUGGAUAUAAGCAACGGGGAAAAGAAGCUAUUGCAGCAAAUAAUGUUUUCUUUUACAUUACUUAUGAAGGGACAGUGGAUAUUGAUAAAAUAUCUGAUCCGGUAUAUCUCCGUUGCAUCUUCGUAUUUUCCACAUUAAUUGUUGUAUGAGAACUACCUUCUUUGGUUAAAGGACUAAAGGACAUGUUAGCUAUAGUUAUGUUUGUCACUUAUAUAUGUGUUUGUUUCCAUAAUUUUUUUAGUAAGGAAAUUAACUUCUUAAGCUUGA